GCCUAUCAAAGCAAACCUCAUCGUCAUCUUCCUCCCGUCUCACAAGCCGAAGCCGAAGCCACCACGUGAGAAGAUGGGGCGGAAGCGGAAGGAGCUGCUGUCGUCGGCGCCGUGGCGGACGGGGGAGGCGGCGGAGGACGACGAGGCGGCCAGGCUGAGCCGCGAGGGGAAGGUCAGCGUCACCAGCAACCCCGGCGAGACGCCCACCAUGAACGUGCCCCGCACUAGGCACCAGGACCUCGACCUCGCCGUCGACGACUUCGACGAGGAGGAGAUCGACCCCGAGCUGCGCUACUCCUUCCAGCGGAACAGCAGGUUUCUGAAGAGAGUUUUUAGUGUCGACACACUUGUCAAGCCUCUUCCUCCUGUAAUGGCAUACAGUGUUUCCCGUAAUGUAAACUUUUUCUUCCGGAUCUUCACACAGUUCUGGGAUGAAGAGGGAAUUGCCAAUGCACAGAAGUCUCUUGGACUGGGGAAUGAGGAUGGCUCCCGGCGGAUGCGCUGAUUAUAGUCAAAUCAAGUUUCUGUAAUGAGUUCAGAAGUCUGUCCUAGACGCUGGAGAUCAUGUUAUAUGCUUGAAAAGACAUAGUAUGUGGUGUUUCUGAAGUUUGGAUUCUAGUUUUGUUUAUCCUGGUGUUUUCUCAAUACAUUUUCUGCUAGUAAAACUGGCUGUAUCAUAUAUUCAGAUUCCAGAUCUUGUACUCACAAGGUCCGCUCCGGUACUCAUUUUCGUGUAAAACUUGAACAUAAUUGAGUGAAAUGUAGUUCAGUUGGCAUAUUUUGAAUCA